GCGCAGGUAGACACACCGUCGCCCGAUCCACCACGACCCGCAGGUCAUAGCAUGUUUCACAAGAUGUUCAAGCGAUGGUCAGCCAAGAACGGUACACAUGCGGCACCGCCAGGCCCGCCAGGUCCGUCUCAGAAUGUACAACAGCCGAGGCCAGAAACGCCGCCCGGCCCAGGCCUGAUACGCCGCGUCUCGAGGAAGGUCGUGCCUGGUCUGCCCCGCGCCAAGACAUUCAAGAGGCAGCAGUCGGAGAACAGGGAGAAACUCGAGCCAACGCUGCCAACCCCGGCCGAGCGACGAGCAGUAUCUGUGGAUAGGCGCACACUUCAUAACCGCGAUGCCUCCCGCCAAAGCCAACAGCGGCACCCUCGCGCAAGUGCGCCCGACUUCCUUGACGAUGCAUACUCGACGGCCACGCCUAGUCAGGCUCCCUCGGUGCCAUCGAGUCCAAUCGAUGAGAAGCACUUCGUUAGCCUCUCGGAUACCACAACUGUCGCCGUAGCUCCGACUACAGAAGAAGGGCCUCGCCUGUCCAGGGUUAUCUCCCAGGCAUCGUCGACAGCUGAUGCGCAAUCCGUCACCACCUCGCAGUACGAAACCAUGAUCCACGACGACCUGGAAAAAAAGUGGAUUCUCAACCUCUCCAUGCACUUUCGUGACAAAUCCAAACGGGAAAAGUUCUUCGUCACGUAUCGCGAGGAGGAAUUCAGGUGGAGACGGGUUACCAUCUCUCUCGAUUACAGAGACGCCCCCGAUGAUUCUCUGGAGAAGGAUUUGUUUGCAACCAAGUUGCAACGGGAGAAGAGCGCAAAGAUAUACGAAGCCAUCCGUGAAAGUCUCCAAGACAUACAAUUCUAUGAGACGGUCACCAAUCUCAAGUUGCAAACCACGGACGGGAGACUGCAUGUUCAUGUAGUGGAGGAUAACAAUGAAAUCAUUCACUACCCUCCCGCUCGUGUGGUUCAGCAUUUGAAAUGCCGGCGAGUGAGAGACCGGGAUUUAGAAUUUGUCUCGCACAUGUCGGGCUUUGUCUACAAGGUCCGGGUUGACGGCAAGACACUCAUCAAAAAAGAAAUUCCGGGACCAGACACCGUUGACGAGUUCCUUUACGAGGUGAAUGCCCUGAACUCGCUGGCUUUUUCGCAACAUGUCAUCGAGUUCUACGGUGUUGUCGUUGAUAAUGAGGAGAACGUCAGAGGUCUUCUAAUUGACUAUGCGGACAAAGGUGCGCUCAUCGAUGUCAUCUAUGAUUCCCAAGAAAAUGGUCUCGAUCUCAGUUGGGCCACCCGAGAGAAAUGGGCGCGCCAGAUUGUCGAGGGGCUCUCAGAUAUUCAUGAAGCCGGCUUCGUGCAGGGCGACUUUACCCUGUCCAACAUUGUUAUUGACGAUCGAGGCAAUGCAAAGAUUAUAGACAUUAACAGACGAGGCUGCCCAGUCGGUUGGGAACCUCCGGAGGCAACUCCACUACUCGACAGCAACCAAAGAAUCUCAAUGUAUAUCGGGGUGAAGUCGGAUCUUUACCAGCUCGGGAUGGUGCUUUGGGCACUUGCGACGCUCGAGGAUGAGCCCGAAGCGCAUCGCAGGCCCCUUCGUCUCGACCGCGAAAUCGAUGUGCCAGUCUGGUACCGGAGGAUGGUGGAGAACUGUCUCCACGAGAACCCCCGGGUUCGUUUGCAGGCGACGGCGCUUCUUGCCAUGUUCCCAGAACCUGCCUACGACCACUAUGAACGGCGAGAUGCGCCUGCCAUUUCCGUAGACGAUGGUUAUUCGUUACAUGAAUACCUGGUAGACGGGUAUGAGCGUGACGGACGCCCACAGAUCAGGACGGUCACUCCUCAAAACAACUGGGGCUACUCGGGUGUCACAUCGCCGGGGUUCUCCGAUGAUUCCUAUUAUUAUCCCCCUCGCGGACGAUCGCCACCCAGCCCCUUGCCCAGCAACCACGGCAAUUCACCUUGCAUGGGGCAAAACGCCAUGUGGCCUGAGAACCAUGCGGAGCCCUCCUCUGUCACCGACACGCAGCCAAAUGAACUG